AUGUUUGGCAGAAAAUUACUUCGAAGUGACCAGGAACCAACUGAGCAUUGUCAUGCAAACCUACCCUAUCGAUGCCCACGCUGUGGAGAACACAUGAGAUUUAGAAGCCUAUCAUCUUUGAGAGCGCACUUGGAGUUUAGCCAUUCAUAUGAAACUGUAGUGCAGUGCAACACAUUCUCAUCUGUUCCACAGUCAAGCUUAAAAUCUUCUUUUCCAGAGAAAUGCUUGCACAUGUCCAGCACAACAAAACACCCACACUCUUUUUCAAAUCGGAAUCUUCACAGUAACUACGCACAUUGCAAAAAUACUAAAGACCGAAAAUCAGAAAUACCCCAGGAAUGGACAGGUACAGAAACACGGUGCCAUUUGGUAUCUAAUUUAUAUUCUGAGAACAUAAACUUCAUCGCUCCAUAUGAGAAUUGCAUGGAGGAAAGAUUGCAGAUUGUUCAGGCUCUGGAUGCUUUAACUGAGAAAAGAAUAGACCAAUUGCCCCAUUGUUUGCAGAAGAUGGCAGCACAGAUAGCAGUGAUAAAGGCCGAGUCUGCACAGCUUGCCCAAGAAAAGCAGAUGAUCCAAGAGCGAGAGCGGGUACUGAGCACACAAGUAAACUUAGCAAUAGAAAUGAUCAUCAUACUUAAACNAAAACUUGCCAAGACGGAGCAAGAACUACACGCAAGAGAACAGGAAGCAGCAGAUAUAAACCAGUUUCUGCAGGCAGCAGUUCAAAAGGAAGCACGUGGGAAAGUCAAGGUGCAGCGAUUCAUAGAAGGCCUGCUUCAUCGGAUAGCUGUGGCAGAAAAACAGUUACAAGAAUACCAUGAACAACAAGGGAAAUUCCUGACCAAGAGCUUUUGCUGAACAUUCUCA